ACUGCUCUGAACCUCAGAAGAAGGCCGACAACAGGAGGAGGACGGAGACAGAGACCGAAGACGACGCGAGGGGAGGAGAGAUACGAGGCCGCUUAAACUCCGCGUGAACAAGCUUGAAGAAGAAGAAGAUGGAGAAUGGAACAUCAAAGUGGUGGUGGAUUGGUAAUCACAACACCUCCGAUCUCUCUCCAUGGCUUCGCUCUACUCUUUCAGAGCUUGAUGCAAAGACAAAGGCGAUGUUGAGGGUGAUAGAAGAAGAUGCCGAUUCCUUCGCGGAACGGGCAGAGAUGUACUACAAGAGACGACCAGAGCUCAUCUCCAGGGUCGAGGAUCUCUAUCGCACGUAUCGCUCGCUGGCUGAGAAGUACGACCUGGCUAGGCCUCCGCACAAACACCCUCCUCCUGAGAAAUCACCACACGCGCCCGACACUCCUAAAGAACCAGCCGGUGAUGAGGAGGAGGAGUCGUCUUGGACAGUGCAUGCUCCUGAGACUCCCGAGAAAUCGACCUGUAAGAACGGGGCUUGGUCGUAUGCAUCUGAGAUCGAGGAAUAUGCUCAGUCCGAAGUGGACGAUGGCGAGGGCGAGACCGAUGACGAGAGCAGUGUGGAUGAUGAGGAUGAUGAUAGUGAUGGUGAUGAGAUGACGAAGAUGGAGGAAGAGGUGGAGAGGCUGAGAGACGAAAACAGGGUUUCGAAAGAACUGAUGAGGCAGAAGGAUGAGGAGAAGAGGGAAGCGAUAAGGCAGCUGAGUUUGGCAGUGGAAGUUCUUAAAGAAGAGAACUCGGAGCUCAAGAAACGUGUUUCAGCAGCUGCGAAGCAGAAGGAAGCGUCUCCAUGGAGACAACUGUGGGGUCCAUUUGAGUUCAAGAAGCUCAAGGAAGGGUUUCUUGGAAGAAGACAGCAACUGGGCUUCUAGGAUCAUAGCUUGUGAAUCUGAACAAGAAGAUUAUACUCGAUAAUACUGUACUAUAAGAGCUAGUUGUGUGUGUAAAGGGAAUGUCUGAUAGUCGAAACAUUUAGUGUUUCCGUUCGCGCAUGUUGUGUAACAGUUAGAUCUUUCAGAACAUGAAUCUGCUUUGAGA